GCAUGCGCCAAGACGCAUUCCUCUAGUUACAAGAUGGCGGGUUACAUGACAGUUAAACGCCGGGAUUUUCUGCGUAUAAUUGCUAGCAAUUUGUGAAGAAACACCGAUUGUCUCCGAAAUUGCUGUCGAGCCCAAGAACACUCAUCAAUGGUAGGACAGAAAUUUCCUCAAGUGCAAUAAGGGUUGGAGAUAGCACAGCAAAAUGUCUAAGAAAUCGGAGUCGGUCAAAGUGGUGGUGCGGUGUCGUCCCAUGAACUCCAAGGAGACGGCAGAGAAGUACGAACGAGUCGUGGACAUGGACGUUCCUCGUGGUGUCAUCUCGGUACGCAAUCCCAAGUCAUCCUUGGAGCCACCCAAGCAGUUCACGUUUGAUUCAGUCUACGAUUGGGAUUCCAAACAGAGAGAGUUGUAUGAUGAAACAUUCCGAAGUCUGGUGGAGUCUGUUCUGAAUGGAUUCAAUGGGACGAUAUUUGCUUAUGGACAGACAGGGACCGGCAAGACUUACACGAUGGAAGGUGUGAGGUCAGAUCCAGAAUCCAGAGGUGUCAUCCCCAACUCCUUUGAACACAUCUUCACUCACAUCGCUAGGACACAGAAUCAGCAGUACCUAGUCAGAGCCUCAUAUCUGGAAAUCUAUCAGGAGGACAUCAGGGACUUAUUAUCAAAGGAUCAGAGUAAAAAACUAGAGUUGAAGGAGAGACCAGACACAGGUGUCUAUGUCAAGGAUUUGUCCUCCUUUGUCACCAAGAGUGUAAAAGAAAUUGAGCAUGUCAUGACGGUGGGCAACACCAACAGAUCAGUGGGAUCAACGAAUAUGAAUGAGCAUAGUUCCAGAUCCCAUGCGAUAUUCAUCAUCACGAUAGAAUGCAGCGAGCUUGGGCCGGACGGUGAGAAUCACAUACGAGUCGGGAAACUGAACCUGGUGGACUUGGCUGGCAGUGAGAGGCAAGCAAAGACGGGCGCUAAGGGUGAGAGGCUGAAGGAAGCCACCAAGAUCAACCUGUCCCUGUCUGCUCUGGGUAACGUCAUCUCAGCCCUGGUGGAUGGCAAGAGCACUCACAUCCCUUACCGAGACUCCAAACUGACCAGGUUACUUCAAGACUCGCUGGGUGGUAAUGCCAAGACAGUCAUGGUGGCAAACCUGGGCCCAGCAAGCUAUAACUUUGAUGAGACGUUAACCACGCUCAGAUACGCCAAUCGUGCCAAGAACAUCAAGAAUAAACCCAAGAUCAACGAGGACCCGAAGGACGCCCUCUUGAGAGAGUUCCAAGACGAGAUCAUGCGUCUCAAGCAGCAACUGGAAAAGAAAGGUGGUGGAGGAGGGGGCGGAGCCAAGAAAAGAAAAAGAAGGCGGAACAAAGGGGAAGUCGGUGGUUCGGAUGACGAGAUCGAUGAUGAGACGGAGGAAGGGGAAGAAAUGGACGAGGAGGAGAUGUACAAACAGGCUCAGGAGAAACUGGAAGCGGAGAAAGAAGCUAUCAUGGCUAACAAGAGCAUGAUUGCUGAGGAGAAGGAGAAGUUUCUCCAUGAGUUGCAGGAUCGGCAGGGCCUGCUGAAGAAACAACAAGAAGCUAGAGACGCUCUGGAGUCUAAGAUUAAAGCAAUGGAGAGCAAACUAUUGGUGGGAGGCAAGAGUAUUAUAGAUCACACCGAUGAACAACAGAAACAGCUUGAACAUCGGAGGUUAGAACUGGCUGAGAAGACGCGCAUCGAGAGAGAGAUGCAGCAGAAGCUUGAAGAGAAAGAAGAGAACACCGAGGAGAUGGCCAAGACGUUUACCUCCUUGCAACAAGAGGUGGAUAUCAAGACCAAGAAACUCAAGAAGUUAUUUGCAAAACUACAAGCGACAAAGUGUGAUAUACAAGAUCUCCAAGAAGAGCACGCGAGAGAGAGACAAGAACUGGAACAGACUCAGAACGAGCUGACCAGGGAACUCAAGCUCAAGAUGCUGAUCAUAGAGAACUUUAUUCCACAUGAAGAGAAGAAUAAGAUCUUGAAUCGCUCCGAGUUUGAUGAGGAUACAGACCAGUGGGUGUUGAAACCUCUGGCAAGAUCAGAAGGGCCUACCCAGAUGGCCAAGAGACCAGUGUCUGCCGUUGGCAAUCGCAGACCCAUCGCAGACUUUGCAAGGAUGGCAGCCCAAGUUGGUGGAAACCCUAGAUAUAAAGCCGAGAAUAUCCUGCAGGUCGAGUUAGACAUGCCAAACCGCACCACUAGAGACUAUGAGGGCCCCAGCGUUGCUCCAAGGGUACAAGCAGCGUUAGAUGCAGCAUUACAAGAUGAAGACGACCUGGAUUUAGAAGUCCAACCUUCUGUUUUUGCUGGAAGAGCAAAGACAAAAUUGAAGAAGGAAAAGACAAAAACAAGGAGCAAGCCUGCUGUGACGUCGUCCAACGCCUCAGCGCUGAGGAAAACAGGAGGAAACUCACAAAUGUACCCAUCUGCAAGAGGUCUCAUCUCCAAAUAGUACCAUCUGGCUAAGACGUCUUCAAGACAACACAAUGCAAAACAGUCACUAUGUCAUUGUGGGUGGGGAUUCCUCUCAAAGAGGGGGGGGGGGGGAUUCUGUUGGAUGCUUCGUGAAAGUCCUGAAGGGUUUAUUAAAACCUCAACUUUACUUUGCAAAGUUCGUCUGCACUCGGUUUGUCUAAAGCAGAGAUGUAGUUGAGUCUGUCACAAGUCCCUGCAAGUCCGUCACAAGACUAUCACAA